AUGGAUGAGUCUCUGAGGCACAUCAAGCCAAACCCAAUCCUGAAAGCAAAUGUUCUCUCCAGGGUUCUUUUCUGGUGGUGUAAUCCAGUAUUCAAAAAGGGCUAUAAGGCACCGCUGGAAGAAUCUGACCUGUAUAAUGUGUGCCCAUCAGAUGCAUCAGAAUAUCUAGGCAACAGGCUAGAGAGUGAGUGGAUUAAGCAGCUGAAGCUUGAGGAAAAAGGCAAGAGGCCCAGUCUGCUGCGAGCACUGUUUAACACAUUCGGUGUGCACUACAUUUUAGUUGGCUUUAUGGUGCUUCUUGAGGAAACAACAAAAGUCAUCCAGCCUCUGCUCCUGGGGGGCCUCAUACGCUACUUCACCCCCAACGCUCCCAUCAGCAAGUUUGAGGCCUGGAUGUAUGCCCUCGGUGUCUCUCUGUGUGCCAUAGUCCUGGCAGUGGCUCACCAUCCUUACUUCUUUUGGGUGCAGAGGAUCGGCAUGCGAAUGAGGAUUGCCUGUUGUUCACUUAUGUACAGGAAAUGCCUUAGACUGAGCAACAAAGCCAUGGGUGAAACAACAGUAGGCCAGAUUGUCAAUCUCAUGUCUAAUGAUGUCAACAGAUUUGACCAGGCAGUCAUAUUUCUUCACUUCUUAUGGGUGGGCCCACUGCAAGCCUUGGCCGUGUUGAUCAUCCUAUGGCAUGAAAUAGGCCCAUCUGUUCUGGCUGGUUUCUUUGUGCUGCUGUUGUUGAUUCCAGUACAAGGAUUCAUGGGAAAACUCUUCUCAAAGCUCAGGCGCAAGACAGCCAUCCACACAGAUGAGAGGGUCAAGGUUAUGAAUGAGAUUAUCUCUGGCAUGAGAGUCAUUAAGAUGUACUGUUGGGAGAAACCAUUUGGAGACCUGGUUGAGAAGAUUAGGAGGCUUGAGAUUAAGAGAGUGCACUCGACGCGAACAGCACAGGCAAGCAUUGUUGCCCCGUUUUUUAGCUCUUCCAAACUGGCAAUUUUCUGCACUUUCAUCGCACUGGUUACCACCGGAGAAGCAGUCACAGCAUACAGAAUCUUUGUCACCAUUGGUCUGUUCCAAGCAUUGCAGACGUCCACCACUCUGUUCAUUCCCCUUGCCAUCCAACAGAUAGCAGAAGUCAGGGUGGUGAUUUCUCGGGUUGAG